AUGGCACAAAUAGCCCCGGCACCGAGGAAACUGCAGCAAACUGCGGGGUGGCGAGGGAAGAAACAGGCAGAGACUGGGGCAAUGCGGAGCCUGCUGUUCGUGUCCCUAUCCCCGUCCCCGACCCAGACCCAGACGGCCAAAGUGCCAGCAUGCCAUCAGGGACACACAGAUGGUUCGCUCCUAGGUGGACCAGCUGCACCCCAGGCUGUGCAUACAGACCGUUUCCAUGACAACGCAGUCAGAAGUUACAAACAGUCAGAGCUCCGUCCACAGUUUCUUCCUCUGCUUCUAAGAUGUCUUCAGAAGUGCAAAGGAAUAAAUGGCCAGAUCUCCCAGAUCCCAGGACUGUCCCCAAGCGUCACCUCUCUUCCUGAGGAGAGGGCCCGAGGGCGAAGGGCUGGGGUCCGAGAGAGUGAUUCUGACUAUGUCAAGCUUGCAAAACAAGGAGGGCAUAAGGGACUUUUGUGGCAUGAGAAUACAACUACUUCUCAACCUGAUGCAUACAAACCUCCAGGCUGGUUCUCCACUGCAUCAGGAGAUGAUGGACAACCAAGUCUGAUUAACAGUGAAGAGAAGAAAAACCCUGGAGCUUUUCAACCGCGAGAACCCCCCUUUGGGACUGACAAUAUGUCAGCCUGGGAGAGGGAUGAUAGCAGCAGCAGCAGCAGCAGCAACGGCAAAGAGAAGAACAACAAUGUUCCUGACAGCCAGAUGGUGAAACUGGAGUCAUCCAACCAGUAUCAUGAGACCAGCAAAUUCAAGAGGAUAGUGUUUGACAAGAAUCCAGCUCCUGUCAACAUGUCUAAGCUGCUGAGCUUUGGAUAUGCAGAAGACAACAAACCAACAGCUAACACUGAUUUGUCAAAUUAGAAGACUGCCAGUGCCGUAGGAAAAGGAUGUAUAAACUCAAAUGCUUCCAGGAGGAACAGUGGCCACCCUCUCCUUGCCUUAUUGAUUGCUUUACUCCUUCAUAUUGAGCCACAUUGAAUGUUUUACUUAGUUUCAAAUGUUCUGCCAUGUCAGAUGUAGUACUCAAGUGUGAAAGUGAUUUAAAUCUAGGACCUUUUGUUUACUGUGCCUCAUUUACUUAAUUUCUUAAAGCUACAGUUUGUAACUUUUGUCAAAAUACCUUUGCAUCAUAUUUGCUGAAACUGUCACAUGAGACAGAAAAUCUGUAAAAAAGCAUGUCCCUCAAUGACAAUAACCAGUCAGAGUCGAGGAGUAUCCAACACUGCUUGUUAACUGUGGACAAACUGCCAAACUAGGCAGUGCUGAUCAAAUAUGACACAUAAGAAUCAAGACUCUGUUACUGUAUUGCCUAGUUCUCACCUCAGAUGUUUUCAGAAACAUAUUUUAGUGUACUGUUUAGCUGUAAGACAAAAAAAAAAAAAAAAGUUGGUCAGACAGCCAUGUUGGAUACAGUCAAGCUAAGCACUCAGCACCACCCGCCAGCCAGACUUAACAAUCUCAUUUUACAGCUAAACAGUACACUAAAAAAUGUUAAUGAAAUCAUUUGAGGUAAGAAAUAGGUAAUGCAGUAACAGAAUUUUGAUUCAUAUUUAAACACCCUAGUUUGACAGUGGACUGACAUGAAAUUGGUUUUCGUUCACAGGUGGUAAGGCCAUUAGAAAUCCUACAAAACAAUAGAGUUUGCAUAGAAAUAAGAUUUUUUUUUCACAGAUUAUCUGUCUCAUGUGGAGAUGUGUAAAUAUAGUGACAGUUUCAGCAUAAAAAAAGUUAGCUUUUUUAUUUUACUGUGUCUGUAACUGUAAAAGGCAGGUUUAAGGAAUAAAAGUUUGAUAAUUCAGAUACAAUCAAAUUGACUCAAAAUGUUUCACAAUCAUUCUUUGCGUUUGCCUUAUAUACUGAAAUGGUAUUUGUUCUCACAGGUUGAACUUUGAAUGUUAAUUACAUUACAGCCAUCUUAUAUAUGUUUUUCACUUUAAUAUUUUUGCUGUAUGUAAUUUCUUAUUGUGUCCUCAGUGCACCAAUGUCUUGUUGGCUAAGUUUUGUUUUAAGUUGAUUGUCGCUGUGUUAAACACUAUUGCCCAAUCAAAAUUUCCCCUCUGGCACAAUAAAGUAUAUGUUAUCUUAAACUAUGA